GUAAGCUCCACCUCUGCAGAUGUCGGUGAGGCGCUUGCUUCGGCCUCGGUUGGGUCAAAUGAGGACCUGGACUUUGCUCAGGAGGAUCUUUUGCGUGUUAAUCAGGCGGAAAGUGCAGGUUUCAUGGGCCGUAACUCACAAGCCCAGUGGCUGCGUGCACUCGAGUCCAAGGUGGAGCAACCUGAAGGUGAACCUUCCUUUUCAGACUACGGGCCACCUGGAGCCAGUACAGAAGCCUUCAACCGGCGUGCCGAAGCACUCCACGGGCGUCAACAGAAGAGCGGCCAUACGCAGGCCAACGCAAACUCUGCAACCAACUACUACUUUUACCUCGACAAGAUCAAUAUCGAUAUCGAAAUCGGUGAUCCCAACGUUGUACCCUCCACUAGUAUAGCACAGAGUUUGCUCGGCUACUACAAGCAUGCAGUGCAUAGCCCAUUCAAGCUUGUUGACGAUGAAUUCGAGCAACAACUAGAAGUCUAUCUCAACGAGAAGGAUGCAAGAGUUAUGGCAAAAGUGUGCCCCAAGUGGAAAGCUGUCAUGAACCUUGUGUUCGCCAUCGGUGCGCGGUACUCGUAUCUAAUUGACGCUGAGUGGCGGGCGGACGAUCGCGACCAUCUGGUCUACAUGUGGAGAGCGAUCCAUCUCUUACAGCUACAAAACAUGAGGGCUCUCGUUUCGCACCCGGAGCAGCGACUGAUACAGGCGAUCGGACUUCUUGCACUAUACUACCUCACAAUCGGCCACGUUAGCAGAGCCUGGUUCAUGAUCGGUAUGGCUAUCCGACAUGCGCAGGCUGCAGGUCUGCACCUUAGAUAUGAGAAUCCUUCUAUACCCAACGACCGGAGAAACUCAUUGGCUGAGCUGUGGUGGGCCCUCAACUCUGUCGAAUGCGUUCUUACUGCAAUAUUGGGUCGCCCCCGGGCAAUAUCUGCCAACGACUGCACAGUACCCCCACCGGGUACAGUCAGGACCGAGACGGAAUCGAAGUCGCGCGAAGCCACAACAGGCAAUAUUUCUACCACUGCUUCGGUAUAUAGCCACGGGUCUGGCUCCUCUACUGGAGAGAAGAGCGCUGUACACAAUUUGAACAACUUUGCUGCAGCUUAUGUCAGGCUCGACAUUCUCAUGGACAAGAUCCUCGCUGGACUAUAUUCGCCACGAAAGUCUGUCAGGUCAUGGAAGGGUGCACAGAGCAUGAUUACCUCGCUCUCUGAAGAGCUGGAAACUUGGGCUUUGCAAUCGCUGCCACAGGGAGCGUCUGCUGCUGCCGCCGCCACUGUUGAUCACAGUUUAGAUCGCGAGCGCUUACUCCUCUAUCUCUACUACUACAACGCCAAGAUCUGCAUCACUCGGCCAUGCGUUUGCAAAAUGGAUGAGCGGAUAAAAGGACAGAGCGAAGAGUCUUUGUGCUUCAACCAAAGGACAGCAGAAGCCUGUAUCGGAGCAGCCCUUGACAUCGCAGCACUGUUGCCUGAUGUCCCGAACCGUUCUUGGUAUUAUGCAAACGGUCCUUGGUGGUGCGCCACACAUAUGAUCAUGCAAGCCCUCACCCCGCUUUUGAUCGAGCUUUCAUUGGACUGCGUCCAUUUGACCGUCGACAAGUCUCACGUGACAUCUUGUGUCGAAAAGCUUAUAGCGUGGCUUCACUCGAUGAAGACGGUUGACGCGGUUAGCGAGAGCGCAUACAAUGUUGUCACCAAGGUGCUCAGCAGACAACGAUCAGAAGACGCUGCCAAGAAACAGAUGCCCCAUCCGGAGCAUACUCAAGCACUUGGCCGCCAAGAAUAUGGGCCAUUACAGCAACAGCCUGGCUCGCAACACUCUUAUCAACUAACAAGUCACCCGCAUCCGCUACAGCACAUGGAACAUGCGUGGCCGGGACCUGACGAGUUGAAUAGUAUGCCUUACUUUCCACAGCCUAGUGCCGGGAGAUUCUACCAGAGUAACGCGCCCAGCUCUGAAUAUCUGACUAGUUCAAACACCGGCAUGCACGAGUUUGGUCAGCCGCAGAUGAGUUUGUUUUAUGCGAAUCCUUAUACGGCUACGAUGGAUCAAUGGGAUUGGGACUCGAUGGCAGUGGAGGAUACAGGCCACGGACACGGACAGGGUAUGCACCAGUACCAAGGUCAGAAUUUUGGUAGUGGACCGUCUCAGUAA